CGGAGGUGAAAGGGUGGGGCUUGUUUGGGGAACCGACAGACGUCAAAUCACGCAGCACGAAGCAGGCCUCGCGGAGCCGCAGAGGAGUGCACUGGCCAGAGGAGCUGAGGACCUGGCCAGCCUGGCCAGGACGCAGAGGAGGAUGCGGGUGGCGCACUGAGCAAGGCCUGGUGGCUGCAGCGGUACAGACCCAGCAUUGCCCAUGGAGCUGCAGGCCCCGGGCGCCCCUCCCCACGCCCACCGGCCAGGCUGUGAGAGGCCAGAGGCCUAGGCCACCGGGAGGGUGUCGGCAGACAGAUGCUCCCCGGGCUGUGGAGUCUCCUGAGUGGGCUGCCGGGCGGGGUGCCAAGGGAGGAGGAUGCCGGCCAAGGGGCGCUACUUCCUCAACGAGGGCGAGGAGGACCCGGACGAACACGCACUCUACGAGAAGUACCGCCUCACCAGCCAGCACGGGCCGCUGCUGCUCACGCUCCUGCUGGUGGCCAUCGCCGCCUGCGUUGCACUCAUCGUCAUCACCUUCAGCCAGGGGGACCCCUCCAGAAACCCGGCUGUCCUGGGGACAGUAUUCUUAAUGCUCGCCGUGUUUGUGGCUCUCUAUGUGCUGGUGUAUGUCGAGUGCCUCGUCCGGCGGUGGCUCAGGGCCUCAGCACUGCUCAUCUGGGCCUGCCUUGUGACGCUGGGCUACGUGCUGGUGUUUGACUCGUGGAGGAAGGCGGCCUGUGCGUGGCAGCAGGUGCCCUUCUUCCUGUUCGUUGUCUUCGUGGUGUACACACUGCUGCCCUUCAGCAUGCAGGGGGCCAUAAUGGUGGGGGUCAUCUCCAGCACCUCCCACCUCCUGGUGCUUGGCACUGUCAUGGAGAUCUUCACAAAGCCCAGCGUCAGCGUGGGGCUGCAGCUGCUGGCUGUUGCCGUUGUCUUCCUGUGCGUGAACCUCACGGGCGCCUUCCAUAAGCACCAGAUGCAGGACGCCUCCCGUGACCUCUUCACCUACACUGUGAAGUGCAUCCAGAUCAGGCGUAAGCUGCGCAUUGAGAAGCGCCAGCAGGAGAACUUGCUGCUGUCAGUGCUGCCGGCGCACAUCUCCAUGGGCAUGAAGCUGGCCAUCAUCGAGAAGCUCAAGGAGCGGGGGGACCGCCGCUGUGUGCCGGACAACAACUUCCACAGCCUCUACGUGAAGCGGCACCAGAACGUCAGCAUCCUCUACGCUGACAUCGUGGGCUUCACGCAGCUGGCCAGCGACUGUUCCCCUAAGGAGCUGGUGGUGGUGCUGAACGAGCUCUUCGGCAAGUUCGACCAGAUCGCCAAGGCCAAUGAGUGCAUGCGGAUCAAGAUCCUGGGCGACUGCUACUACUGCGUGUCGGGCCUGCCCGUGUCCCUGCCCACCCAUGCCCGGAACUGUGUGAAGAUGGGGCUCGACAUGUGCGAGGCCAUUAACCGGGUGCACAUCACAGAGGCGACGCUGAACCACCUGGACAAGGCGUACGAGGUGGAAGAUGGGCACGGGCAGCAGCGAGACCCCUACCUGAAAGAGAUGAACAUUCGCACCUACCUGGUCAUCGACCCCCGGAGCCAGCAGCCACCCCCGCCCAGCCAACACCUCCCCAAGCCCAAGGGGGAUGCGGCCCUGAAGAUGCGGGCGUCCGUGCGCAUGACCCGCUACCUCGAGUCCUGGGGGGCGGCACGGCCCUUCGCACACCUCAACCACCGCGAGAGCGUGAGCAGCAGCGAGCCUCCUGUCCCCAGCGGGCGGAGGCCCAAGGCCAUUCCCCUGCGGCGCCAUCGGACCCCUGACAGAAGUACAUCCCCCAAGGGGCGGUCUGAGGACGACUCCUACGAUGACGAGAUGCUCUCAGCCAUCGAAGGGCUCAGCUCCACCAGGCCCUGCUGCUCCACGUCCGACGACUUCCAUGCCUGCGGGUUCAUCUUCCAGGAGAAGGGCUCCGAGCGAGAGUACCGCCUGGCGCCCAUCCCCCGGGCCCGUCACUACUUUGCCUGUGCCAGUCUCGUCUUCGUCUGCAUCCUGCUCGUCCAUGUCCUGCUGAUGCCCAGGAUGGCAGCUCUGGGCGUGUCCUUCGGGCUGGUGGCCUGCGUGCUGGGGUUGGUGCUGGGCCUGUGCUUUGCUGACGAGAUCUUGAGGUGCUGCCCAGCCUGGGGGACACUCCGGGCCAUCUCUGAGAGGGUGGAGACGCAUCCCCUGCUGCGGCUGUCCCUGGCUGUGCUGACCAUCGGCAGCCUGCUCACCAUUGCCAUCGUCAACCUGCCGCUGACUCCGUUCCCAGCCAUGGAGCUGCCUGCUGGCAAUGAGACAAACCUGAGGUCUGUGAGCAGCAGGGAGAAGGCCCUGUGCGAGCUCCUCCUGUAUUACACCUGCAGCUGCAUCCUGGCCUUUGUGGCUUGCUCUGUUUUCCUGCGGAUGAGCCUGGAGCUGAAGGUCGUGCUUUUGACAGUGGCCUUGGUGGCCUACCUGGUGCUUCUCAACAUCGCCCCAUGCUGGCAGUGGGGCUGCUGUGGCCACAGCCUGGGCAACGUCACCAAGACCAACAGCACCCUCAGCUCCCCUUCCUGCUCGUGGAGGGACCUGCAGACGACGAUCAACUUCGCCCUGGUUCUGUUUUACGUCACCCUCGCCUUGCUGUCCCGACAGAUUGACUAUUACUGCCGCUUGGAUUGUUUGUGGAAGAAGAAGUUCAAGAAGGAGCACGAGGAGUUUGAAACCAUGGAGAACGUGAACCGCCUGCUUCUGGAGAAUGUGCUGCCAGCCCACGUGGCCGCCCACUUCAUUGGUGACAAGUUAAACGAGGACUGGUACCAUCAGUCGUACGACUGCGUCUGUGUCAUGUUUGCGUCCGUGCCAGACUUCAAAGUGUUCUACACUGAGUGUGACGUCAACAAGGAAGGCCUGGAGUGUCUGCGCCUGCUGAACGAGAUUGUCGCUGACUUUGACGAGCUCCUGCUAAAGCCCAAGUUCAGUGGUGUGGAGAAGAUCAAGACCAUCGGCAGCACGUACAUGGCAGCUGCAGGGCUCAGUGUCCCCUCAGGGCACGACAACCAGGACCUGGAGCGCCAGCAUGCCCACAUUGGCAUCAUGGUGGAGUUCAGCAUCGCCCUGAUGAGCAAGCUGGACGGCAUCAACAGGCACUCCUUCAACUCCUUCCGCCUCCGAGUCGGCAUAAACCACGGGCCUGUGAUUGCUGGAGUGAUCGGGGCGCGAAAACCUCAGUAUGACAUCUGGGGAAACACGGUUAACGUUGCCAGCCGAAUGGAGAGCACUGGGGAACUUGGGAAAAUCCAGGUUACCGAAGAGACAAGUGCCAUCCUCCAGGGACUAGGUUAUUCUUGUGAAUGCCGUGGACUGAUCAACGUCAAAGGCAAAGGCGAGCUGAGGACUUACUUUGUCUGUACAGACACUGCCAAGUUUCAAGGGCUGGGGCCCAACUGAAGGCUUUCGGUGGGUGCAGAACAUGCUGGAAGCCAACUUCCUUCCCUGAAGCAAGGCGAGGGGAAGACUCGGACCUACACCAGUCACAGAGGCAUUCCAAGGGUUUGGCCACCAGCACCCUGACAGCCGCGCACGGCUUCCUUGGACUGGCACUAGAGGAUUUCUUGGAAUGUGCGCCAGACCCCAGCUUGAGGCGACCACUGCGCCUUAUCAUGCACAGGCAGCGGACCCUCUGGGCUGUCGGAGUCUGCAACGCAGCCUGCAGCACAGCAGGAAAAGGCUUGUUUGUGAGUUUUAGAUCCUUAGUCCCCUAGGUGCUGUGGAGAAGCUCUGAGGGCCUGACUCGAACACACACCCCCUCAUGGCCUGGGAGCUACACCAGGGUACAAGACCGAGACAAGCUGUCCCGGAUGGGUCGGGGACUCCCUUCUCCCAGUGGGCCAACUACAGGAUUCUGCAUUUCUAUACAGGCAUUCUUGGAAAAAGAACUGAAAAGGGUGGUUUAAACCUAUAAAUGGUUUCCAACAGUAAGGAGAAAAACCACAAUGGACACGUGUUAUUUCUUGUCAUCUCUGGCAUGUGUUUGUUUUAAAUGGAUACAUUGUUAGGAGGUUUUAUCCUUUUUAGUGACUUCUUAGAUGCUAGACAAAAUAUCUUCCCUUCAGUGUAUUCUUUGCUUUUUUAACCACUGACACAUAAGUAGGACUGCUGUCCAGUGUGAGCUUAUGGGAUUAGCCCAGCUGUGGGGACGGAGUGCUGAGGAAUGUGGCUCGUGGCAAGAGGCGCGUAGCCUUGGCUUGGAAUCAUACAGCCCUGAUGCCAGCAUUCUGAGGCUAGGCUCAGAAAGUGAAGAGCCUAGGAAAGAAGGCACAGCCUCCGAGCCCCUCCCUGCCUGCCCAGGUGGUUUUGAGUGCUCCCCUGCAGUCUUCAGCUAUGUCUUAGUCUCGAUGUCGGAAAGGACUGGAGUCUGUGUAGAGAGAAUUUGGACAAGCUGUAGUACGUCUUCCCUUUUCUUUUGUCCUCAUAGCUAAGUCUGAAGCCCUUCAAAACUAGGAGCUACUCAGCAUACACACGUGUAACGGUUCCCGUCCCGGGAAGCCAGCCUGUCACAGGUGCUGUGUUCUGGUUCGGAACUGCACGGACGAAGGCAGGUGCACAGGGCCAGGUCUGGGAGAUGGUGUCUUACAGUGCUUCACCUCAGUCAGAGAGGGCAACCUGUUUCAAGGUGAGACAGACAGUGCCAUUCCUUCUGAACUGACUUCACUGCUUCAUGCCCAGAGCACCCCAGGAUUGCUGAGACAGCUGAUUUCACUAUCUGACAGGGCUUCUUAGCUAGACGUCAUCCGUGAACCCCUGAAAUUAUACUCAAAGUCUUGCAGACAGGAGACUUCAAAAGAUCAGACAGGGCUGAGACAGGUGACUAAGCAGCCAGGUCUGCCUGGGAUGGGGGGGUCCGGGACGAGGCGCCACCCUAGCUGCAGAGUAGUUGUGUGCAGCCAGGGGCGGGGAGGGGCUGACACUGAACCUGCUGUCUGCGGGGGCCGUGUCCUGCAGGGCUUAUGAGCCCGAGAAGGGGGCUGCUUCUAAUGUGCACAGGUGCUGGGUGGGCUGGUGGCAGCUUUGAGGCGCUGCGCGUAACUGGAGUAGGUAUGAGUAAAUUGUAAGAACCUGCUGUAUAAAGGAACUUCAUGUCAAAAAGCUGGCAAGGGAAACGUCCUCUCAGAAGCCGUGGGACCAGGGCGGCUCCGCGGGGCUCUCCUGGGAGCCAGAGGCUCUGCCGCUGGUCGCGCAUCAGCGUGCGGGGCCUCUCUGCGGGGCUGUGCGGCAGUCAAGCUCGCCAGCAGCAGAAAUCCCAAUUGGGAGUUUAAAAAACUGGUUACCACUCAAGUAUUUUUCUUUAUUUCCAAUUGAAGCACUGUGCUCAGAAAAGAAUACUCUGUAAGUUUUUCAUUUUGAUGUUCAGAUCAUGGUGUCUAACUGACCAUACAAAUCACUGCAGUUAUUUUUAUAAAUCUGUUCUCCGACUACCAAGCCAGUUCCUCAUUGGUGUCGUUUUGUUUUAUGAAAGGACACGUGCCUUUUCUAACACUGACCUUCUCUAUGGGCCGAGGACUUGCUCAAAGUCUCUAUGCAGGCAGCCUCACUGACUCUCGUGAAAAUCAGAAGUUUUCUGGUUCACUUAUUAGGAAACUUUCCUCACAGAAAAGAUCAUCAUUAACACCCUGUGUGCACUGUGUAUAUAACAGGCGAAUGUACAGAAAUAUGCUUUGAGAAGGUGCAUGCAAACACCUAGCGGUUAUUCUGUAUACUGAAUAUUUAUACAGCUGUAACGUUUGUUUCAAAAUGUAUUUCAUUUUUAUAAAGUGCCAGUGUUUCUACUUUGUUCAGAUUUUCAUACAUUAAAUGAGCAAUCUGGAAAACCUGA